UCUUGCACCCCCACCUCCCGCGAUGACAGCGUUGGGAUGUUCAUCUCUGUACGCCAGGAAACUGGUUAUAUAAAAAAAAUGCCAUGUUAAUUUGAUGACAAGGAUGGCAUCCGCGCGCUCACCAAUUUUCGGUCUGUUGGGGCAUAUUGAGGGAGAUAUGCUACGCUAUCGUGCAUGGAGUACUUCACUCAUUCAUGUUUGCUUGUGCAAUUGAUGCAUAUCUAUGAAUCGUUCAAUUAUGUACUCAGAAUAAACAAAGCGGAUCUAUAUCUGUGUUAAGAAACUGCUGGAAAGCAGGCUGUAUGAGAGAAAACGGAUUUACAUUUGAUAAAGUCAAACAGUUGGUCUUCUCUGUUUUCAGUCAUAAGCCAUGGCAAGCCCAAUGGAACAGCCAGAGGAGAUUUCCCUUCGCGACAUAAACUUCAGUGACAGUAAUCUGGAUGAAAAGACAGAUCGGCGGACAGAGUUGGGCCCAGAUGUGUCAGCGAUGAAAGUAUCGACAUCAUGGUCCCGCCGAUGGAAAGUGGCAACAAUACUUCUAGGUGCUCUGUCCCUCAUGCUUCUCGUCGCCCUCAUUGCCAUCAUAGCUCUUUACGAGAGCGGUGAUGCGGGAAACACCGACCAAGCCGACAAAGACGGUACCAAGGGCGUCACCACUGACGUCACUCCUGACGUCACCUCUGACGUCAAAUGUAGUACCGGCCACGAGACCCCCACGCCGACGGUUACCCCUCCACCGCAGUCCGUAACGUUAUCACCGCCACACCCGUCUGACAUGCCUCCGACUGGUGUAGUACCAGGUCAGCCCGUGGCUCUACAGAUUCCUCCAGGAGAGCUAGGCUUCUACUCCAUGGAGCUGCCGGGCCUAUCGGAGGUGUCCCUGGAGCUGAACACCGCGGGGGACGUGCCAGCCGAUGUCGCCGUGUACGGCUGUCGGGGCUGCACACCGACACACGUCGUGUACGAUGUCGUACAGACCUCCGCAGCAAGUAACGUUGGCCGACAGAAACGAGCGACGACCACCAUCGACUUCCCCGGCCAGACGUUUGAAGGGAGCUGGAUCUUUGCUGUGUAUAACGGAGCUGGACAGAAGUUAGAAGGAACAAUUUCUUUUGUCACAACAGAAGCUUCGUGUCCAAAUGACUGCUCCGGCCACGGAGAGUGCACGGACGGUAUCUGCGCAUGCGUGGCAGGCUGGACCGGGGAUGACUGUUCAAUAGGACUGUGUGAACCUGCGGACUGUAGCGGGAACGGAGCGUGUAUCGCCGGCUCCUGUAGGUGUUUCAACGGCUGGCAAGGCAGCGGCUGCAACACAGUAUAUCGGCCAUGUCCAUCGGAUUGUUCAGGGCAAGGCUCGUGUAACAACGUGACAGGCCGAUGUGACUGCCGUACACCUUACAAGGGAGCGGACUGCUCGGAACUUGAGCCCGAUCCGUGCGAGGGAGGACCGAACAACUGUUCCGACCACGGCAGCUGGAGCGGAGGGAGGUGUGUGUGUCUUCCCGGUUGGACCGGACAACAGUGUGAACUUCCUGACUGCAUUCCGAGGGACUGUAACGGACGUGGUGUCUGUACCGACGGGGUCUGUCUGUGUGAGUCAGGGUGGAGAGGAGAAGCUUGCCAAGAAGGGGACUGCAUCCCGCCGGACUGUAAUGGCAACGGCGCCUGUACGGAAGGCACAUGUCGCUGUUUUCAUGGGUGGCAGGGCGUCGCGUGUGACACACAGUAUCGACGCUGUCCUUCCGACUGUUCGGGCAGCGGUGUUUGCAACAACGUGACAGGCGUCUGCAGCUGUGAGAGUCUUAGCACUGGACUGGAUUGUUCAGAAAAGUUGUGUGCGGACUGCUCGCUGGAACAUGGAAGCUGUGAGGACGGAGCCUGCAUCUGUGACGAAGGGUGGGGAGGUGCUUCAUGCAGGCAAUUGCUAUGCAACGAAGUAUGUGGAAUCCGUGGAACCUGUGUUAACGGCACCUGCCACUGUGACCAGGGGUGGAACGGACCAGAUUGUUCUCAGGAUGCCUGUAAUGCAACGUGCAACGACCACGGAGAGUGUCUUCUCAUCAAUGCAGAAUGGGGAUGUACAUGUUACAGAGGCUUCAUAGGAACAUUCUGUGGAACAGUUGCUGAAACAAACUGUGCCGACAACCUGGAUGAUGACGGUGACAUGUUAGUAGACUGUGAUGACCCAGACUGUUGUAACGACACGGCCUGUGUGAAUGACCCUGCAUGCUCGUCUGCGCCGCCGCUGGAACAACUAGCAGCUGCUGAUACCAACAUCUCACAGGCGGCGGGAAUUAGCUUUUACGAUCAGGUUAAGUUCCUGUUUGAGAAUGGUGGUGUACAGCAAGAUGUUAGCCCAGAUGCCAUUGAUCAUGAGAGAGUUGCAGUUGUCCGUGGACACGUGACCACACGAGAUGGCAGCGCUCUGCCGGGUGUUACAGUGUCCCUUCUCAAUACUCCUGAGCUGGGACACACACUGACGCGUGCUGAUGGCGGAUAUGAAUUUGCCCUUAACGGUGGGAACGUGGACACCCUUGUGUUCCGGCGGCGGAACAUGAUCGGGACUCAGCGCACCGUUCGGCCAAGAGUACAGUUGUACAAUCAAGUGGACCCAGUGGCCAUGAUACCCGUGGACACUAAGGUCACAGAGGUGGAUCUACAAUCAUCUGACAUCCAGGUCGUGGAAGGCACGGUGGUGGAGGACGAAGCUGGCAGCAGAAAACCCGUUCUGAUGUUUGAACCAGGAACAGGAGUAACAAUAGCUGGCAAAAACGGAACGCAAAACGAGACCAUUGAGAGACCACGUGUGCGGGUUACAGAGUACACCGUCGGUGACAGCGGUGACGAGGCCAUGCCUGCCCAGCUGCCGGCCUUUACUGGAUACACAUAUGCAGUAGAGAUGAGCCUAGACGAAGCCUCCGUCAAUGGUUCUACUGACGUCACCUUCAACCAGAGCCUGCCGUUUUACGUCAACAACUUCCUGGGGUUCCCUGUUGGUUCAGCAGUCCCUACAGGUUAUUACGACCGCAGUGGAGGACGUUGGAUAGCAUCAGCCAAUGGUCGAGUUAUACAGCUGUUAGACUCUUCUGAUCCAGCCAAGGCCAGUCUUGACCUGCAUGGAAAUGGACAAGCAGCAAAUGAAACCGUCAGGGACGAACUAGGCAUCACUGACAAUGAGCUGGAGAGGCUUGCCAAUUUGUACAAUCCCGGGGACACCCUAUGGAGGGUCAGGAUACCCCACUUCACACCCUGGGACUGCAACUGGCCGUAUGGGCCACCGCCCGAUGGUUAUGGCCCUGGGGAUAACCCCCCUCCCCCUCCCCCACCAAACCCAUGCCCUGGGUCCGGGGGAGGGGGUGGUGGGUCCUCGGGGGGUAAGAGAAGGAGGAAGAGGGCGUCUGGGAACAACAGAAGCAAUGUCAUCCAGGGUUUAGACUAUUGGCAACAGUUUUUUCCAAGUAUACCCUCUGGAGUAGACCCAGGGGAGCAUGGCCCCUACCCUGCUGUCACCGCCAACAUCUACAAUGAAGAGGAAGCUUUGGAAGGAGCAAUCAUACACGGAGGAGAAUUAAGGAGCGGAGGACUUACAGAGAGACCAGGCGAGGCAUCUAUACCAGUACCGGGGACAGGUUUCCGACUGAUGUACAGUCACAAGCGACAGAGGGGCUAUAAACAGGUCACGAGAAUCCCUCUCAUUGGAGAGGACGUACCGCCCAGCCUGAAGGCCAUCAGACUUGAAGUGACGGUGGCUGGCAAGACAGUUAAGAAGUCACUUCCUCCGGAGCCAAAUCUCUACGAAGAUUUCGUCUGGGACGGGCUUGAUGCAUAUGGUAGAGAGGUGAAGGGCAGAGUCAUCAUGCAAGUGAGAUUGGGGUACGAAUACGGAUUGGUUUAUUACGCGGUGCCGUCGGACUUCACACAGAGCUUCAAUCGCUUCAGUUCCGCUGACCAGACCAGCCGCGUGUCACGAGCAGGGAGAACCGUCUCGUACUGGACAGAACGGGAGAUUCCUCUGACGCGAAGCGUGCUGGCAUCAGACAUGGCCGGCUGGUCAUUGGACAUACACCAUGUAUAUGACGGAGAAAAUGGUAUCCUUCAUUUGGGAAGCGGUGACUCCAUUUCUGUGGUUGACCAGACAAAGGUUCUGGAGACAGCGGUCGGAAGCGACACAAGAGCUCCCGUAGACUGUUUGUCGUGUGGAGAAGGCGAGGGUCAGCAGACCCAGCUGCGGUCACCAGUGGCGCUAACAACAGGUCCGGAUGGAAGUGUGUUCAUUGGUGACUUCAACUUCAUCCGGAGACUCUGGCCAAACGGGACGGUUACAACUGUGACAAGACUGCAAACAAGCCGACCGAGGUAUGUCUACUACCUUGCCUCCAGUCUCAAGAAUAACGUCAUCUUUGUGUCCGACCCGGAUGUCAGACAAAUCUUUAAAGUUGAGACCGAUAAAGAAGGACAGUCCCUGGCUGUGGUGGCUGGAACUGGGGAGAAGUGUCCGCCCUGGGAAGACAGCUGUGGCGAUGGGGGGCUAGCUACACAAGCAACGUUUAGUUCACUUAAAGGUAUUGCCGUUGGAGAGGAAGACACCAUUUUCGUCGUCGACAAUCGUCGGAUUCGCGAAAUCGGGCCGGACGGGUACAUCGACCCAUUCAUCGGAACCAACGAUCUGACCAAAGUUUCUCUUUCAAGAGGUUCGGAGCUCAGAAACACCCAGAUCGCCCAGGUGACGCUCACAUGGCCCACCCACAUCGCUGUCACAAGAGGUGGGGACGAACUCUACAUCGUGGACCAAGAUGCGGUCAUUCGGUUGAGAAGAGAUGGACGAGCCCAAGUCAUCGCCGGUCAGCAGGCUUUCCGGCCACCAGAGGCAGGCCUCAACAUGGAGGACACCAAUGCAAGGGCUUUGAACAGCCGGCUGGUCAAUCCUCAGGGAAUCGCGAUCUCUCAGGACGGGAACAUACUAAUCGCUGAGACAGAUUUCCAGUCCCUCCAUCGUGUGCGACUCCUGGACCCUGACGGCGGCAUACAGCUCGUAGUCGGGAAGCCAUCGGACUGCGACUGUCGGCAGAGCUCGUGCGACUGUUUUGAACAGGACGGUAGACUAGCUGCUCACAGUAAGCUGCACACUCCGACUGCUCUGACGGUUACACCAGACGGGACCUUGUACAUUGCUGACCAAGGUAACUACAGAAUCCGGAAGAUGCGAGCACACAUUUCUCAGGGGUUAACAGGUGGACAUUUUAUCAUCCCUGGGACGAAUCCAAAUCAGGCGUACAUCUUUGACUUUACCGGUCAGCACAUCCAAACUGUGGACGUCACAAACAACAGGGUUCUCCAUGAGUUUGAUUACAAUGACGACAGACAGCUGACCAGCAUUCUCAUCCCAGCGACAAACCAGACCGUGUCGAUAGACCGUGACGACAACGGAACUCCACACACCAUCCGGGCUCCUUACAGGCAGAACUUGUAUCUAGAGAGGGAUGAUGAGGGAUUGCUGAGUGGAGUCUCCGACAACUCCGGACAGAACAUACAACUAGGCUACCAAAAUGGCGGACUGCUGACGUCUGUACAGUCUCCCUCUGGGUACCGGCGGAUGAUGGCUUACAGUUCCACCGGAAGUGUUUUACGGCAGUUUGACAACCAAGGAGUCACCAAGUUCUACGGCAGGAACUUUAGCAGCCAGGCGACUGUGUUGACAACGUCCACAAGGUUAGGAGAGGAAGAGUUGGAGGUGGAUGAAAGCGUACCAGGGAUCACCCGUACAGUGGUUCGUGUAGGAGGGAGGAAACUCAGAGAAACAAGAAGGAACACGGCAGAUGGAACAACCAGUACUGUUCAUGCAGAUAGAUCAAGGGUAGUGCUGGAAACUGCGCCACAUCCAGUAUGGGGCAAUCAAGUACCGCUGGUAUCCAGAGAAACAGUGACUCUCCCUACAGGGGAGUUAACCACAGAAUACCAGUAUUCCGCUGUCCUGGAAGAUGAUAACAAUCCUCUCACUAUGACCAUGUACAAAACAAUAACCAAGGUUAACGAAAAUGAAGUUGCUAGUGAAGAAUACUACAGGGAUAGGAUGACCAAAAGUUACUUUCUGGAGCCUUCUCGCGAAUUAGUCCAACGUGAAACGUGGGAUGAGUUGGGAAGACCUAUCCUACUGGAGCAGCCUCGACAAGGGCUGUACAAUACAACUUACUUCUACAAUAACGACAGCAGUUUGCCGACGAGACUGGGAAUCGGCGAGAAGUGGGUGGAAUAUGACUACAAUGACCUGGGAGAUAUCACUGAGGAGAGAACAAGCUCUGGGAAGACAACAUUUUACGUGUGGAAUCCCAAGGGACAGCGCACACACAUGGUGACAAAUGCUGGUCGACUAUUCAAGUUUGGAUACGGUUCAAGUGGAGAUUUAGUAAGCAUUACAAUGCCCAGUGGGGCAAAACAUACACUAAAGACUCGCGUCCGUCCAAACGCAAAGGACAUAGUAUACCUGACACCUAACUCUACACAGGGAACUGUGAUGGACACCUAUGACAUAGACAACAGACUUGUGCAAAAAGUGAUGCCUGGAGGAAAGACCGUUUCAUACUGGUACGAUGCCAGCUCUCGUAAGACCAGUGAAGCAUUUGAUGCCACAUUCAUAUGCUUUCUGCAUCAUGGUGACGACGAAAAUGUCGACGAGAUACGACGGUAUGAAAACAAAAUGGUAAAAUCCAUAUGGUUCUAUGAGUACAAUGCUCACCUGACGACUAGGAUGUUCUUUGUCUAUGACGGCGAUCUCGACGCCCAGUUUUUGUUCUCAUACGGAGAUCGCCUGACGUUGACCAGAAUAGAUGAGACAGUGUACGGACGAAGGAAGAUCGUCGACAUAGAGUAUGAUGAGUACAACGAGCUAAGAAGAGAGGGUAGCUUUCAAUAUUCAAAUCCAACCCCGUGGACAGAAGAAGUAAGCGAUGGAACCCUGACUUGUACCUAUACCCAUGACGGGUAUGGCCGGGCUGUUGAACAUAGGUGUAAAAUUGCAAACAGGGACGUAUUUGUUCUAAGCAUGUCCUACAACAACAGUUCCCUGAUAGCAGUGCAAAGCGUUGAGGUAGGGGGCAACGUCACUGUCUACUCCUACGGGUACGACGAUGAUGAACAGUUGCUGUCAGUUGAAGAGAAUGGAAACCUGAGGGAACUGUACAGUUACGAUCUGAAUGGGAAUCGCCUGUGGUGGGUUGAUCAUUGGGGCACGAACCACACCGCCACCUAUGACGACCAGGACAGGAUACAAACGUACGACAGUGAGACAUACAAUGCUGAUGAUGCGGGUUACAUCACAGACAAGGGCUUAGAGCAUCUCAACUACGACUCUAUGGGGCAGAUCACAUCGGCUGAGGAAGAGGACCGCUACAGAGUUUUGUACUCUUACGACGGUUUGAACCGUCGUGUCGCUAUGGUGGAAACUACAACAGGGGAGGAGGAACGUUACUUCUAUGGCGACCCUUCCAAUCCCUUCAGAGUCACAACUACAGUACAAGACGAUCAGGUGACAAAGUUGUACUACAACAAACUGAACCUGGUCAUUGCCAUGGAAACAAAUGACGCCAUGAGAUACGUCAUGACCGACCAUCUUGGAACUCCCAUUGCGGUGAUGGAUACAAGUGGCAACGUCAUCAAGCACGUGACACGUAAUUCGUUUGGGACUGUUCUGAAAGACUCAGGCCCAGACAUACCAUUGUCCAUUGGCUUCGCAGGGGGUCUUAUUGAUCCGUAUUCCAGACUCGUCCAUUUCACCUAUCGUGACUAUGACGCAGACGUGGGAAGAUGGACGGCGAGGGAUCCCAUUCUUUUUCAAAGCCGGCAGCCAAACCUGUACCAGUAUGUGUUCAACAAUCCGGUGAACAUGAGAGAUAUUCAUGGACUACAAGCUGACCCUUGUAGUGGAUCUGGAGAACCAGGAGGCGGACCAGGGGGCCCUGGUGGACCAGGAGGAGGGCCAGGGGACGGGCAAGGCGGCCCCGGUGGCCCAGGGGACGGGCCAGGGGACGGACCAGGAGGACCUGGUGGCCCAGGGGACGGGUCAGGAUUGCCAGGGGAUGGUGGCCCUGGAGAUGGCUCACAACCUGGGAAGCAACCCGGCUCGGAAGGUGACUAUGGGGACCUCACGAAGGUUGAUGCCACAGGGGCAUCGGAUGCGACAGCAAAGCAGGACAAGUUGAAAAUUUCAGGAGAAGCAGCAUCACAAAAGAUGGCUAAGACAGAUAAAAAGAAUGUUGAUAAAUACAAGGACAUCAUUAAGAAAGUGGCAAAAGAAAAGAACAUCGACCCUGCCAUCAUAGCGGCUAUUAUCAGCCGAGAGACCCGUGGUAACACUGGUAUAUUAGAAAAUGGAUGGGGAGAUGGAGGAAAUGGAUGGGGACUUAUGCAGGUUGACAAGAACCACCACACCCCAGUAGGAGGCGCUACAAGUAUUGAACAUAUUCGUCAAGGAACAGACAUCCUCAUCCAAUCUAUCAAGGAUAUACAGAAAAAAUUCCCCAAGUGGACAAAGGAACAGCAGCUAAAAGGAGGCAUUUCAGCCUACAAUGCCGGUACUGGCAAUGUACAGACAUAUGAGAAUAUGGACGUAGGCACUACAGGAAACGACUAUGCUAAUGAUGUUGUGGAAAGAGCCAAGUGGUACAAUCAGAAUGGAUUCUAG